UAUAGAUCUACACACUCAACCACACAUCGUCGAUUUACCUAAUAAAGUAUAAUUUUUUCUAUAGGUUUUAGAGGCGGGGCAAAUAAGGGGGAAAUGAAAAAAUACUUAUCUUUAGCCAAAAAAAGAAACAAAGUGUUUGGCGCGUGAACUAAAACCCUUGGUAACAAGGUGCUCGGUAUGGUGCAAUCAAAUUCAAGGCCACAGCCGCGCUGGGUGAGGAGAGUGGAAAUCUACUAGAACCAGAAGUUUAUGCUGAGACAGGGUUAGGGUUUGGUUUCAGAAGGCAAAGAUAUGGUGAAACUCACUGCCGACCUGAUUUGGAAAAUCCCUCACUUCUUCAAUGCCCUCAAGGAGCGAGAAUUGGAUCUUCGAGGUAACAAGAUUGCCGUAAUCGAGAACCUGGGUGCUACCGAGGACCAAUUUGAUACCAUUGACUUGUCUGACAAUGAGAUUGUCAAGCUGGAAAACUUUCCAUAUCUUAACCGAUUGGGUACUCUGCUUAUCAAUAACAAUCGAAUUACUCGAAUCAAUCCAAAUAUUGGAGAGUUCUUGCCAAAAUUACAUUCGUUAGUUCUCACAAACAAUCGGCUUGUCAACUUGGUUGAGAUUGACCCUCUUGCAUCCCUGCCAAAGCUGCAGUUCCUUAGUCUGUUGGAUAAUAAUAUCACCAAAAAACCUAAUUAUAGGUUCUAUGUGAUUCACAAACUAAAAUCUCUUCGUGUUUUGGAUUUCAAGAAAGUGAAAGAAAAGGAGAGACUAGAAGCAGAAAAUCUUUUCUCAUCUAAAGAAGUUGAAGAGGAGGCUAAGAAAGAAUCUGUCAAGACAUUCACACCAGGAGAGGUUCCAAAGGUUGCAGAAGUUGCUGAGGAACAACAGACCCCAAAAGUGGUUGCCCCCACUCCAGAGCAAAUUAUAGCUAUCAAGGCUGCCAUUGUGAACUCCCAAACACUGGAAGAGGUUGCAAGGCUUGAAAAGGCAUUGAAGACAGGUCAGCUUCCAGCAGAUUUGAAAAUCCCAGGUCACAAUAGUGGUACCGAAAGUGUGGAGAAAGAUGAAGAAUCUGAUAGUCAAAAUGAACCUAACUCUGAAAUGGAAAAGGAAGAACUGAGGAAUGAUGAACUGGCACCUAUGGAAGCGGAAUAGGAUGGCUAGACAAAGCUCGUCUGAAUCUCCUAGUGAAUGGCUUUGCAAAUUGCAACAGAGGAUUUGGGUUAAACAUGAAACAUUAAGCUAUUAGGAAUUUUGUGCUCCUAUGACUGCUAAACCUGGCUUACUUUCAUGAUGAGAUCAUUUUUGUUUUCUAACUGAGAAUAGAUAGAAGAGUUGAGGUUGGAGUGGCAGUCUUUCCCCUCAAUAUUUAGGCACCAUGUACCACCAGAUAUUUUAGCUAAUUGAACCACCUCUGGGAAUUGUGAUUCUAUUCCAAAAUUUUAAUAGUC